AUGUUGGAGUAUUCUCUAGACGGACACAACGUCAGCCUAUCAGCUAUCAGGACUGUCAGGGUGCUCCGCCCACUACGAGCCAUCAACAGAGUUCCUAGUAUGCGUAUCCUGGUGACUCUGCUCCUAGACACUCUCCCCAUGCUGGGGAACGUCUUGGCACUCUGUUUCUUCGUUUUCUUCAUCUUCGGCAUCGUGGGCGUGCAGCUGUGGGCGGGGCUACUGAGGAACAGGUGCUUCAUGGGAGAAGACUUCAGAACGAUAUACAACGUCUCCUUCCUGACUGCGUACUAUCGGCCCGAGGAGACGGAGGACAUCCCCUUUAUCUGCUCAACCAAUCGGGAGAAUGGAAUGCUGCGGUGUUCCGACGUUCCGCGCCGCCGAGUGGACGGGUCCUGGUGCAUGCUGGGAGCAGACGGGGAAGGGCUAGGGGAGGGGCCUGGGGCAGAUGGACCAAUAGGAGGGGGUUGUGUGAAUUGGUACCAGUAUUAUAACGUCUGUCGGGCCGGGGAGCUAAACCCCCAUAAAGGAGCCAUCAGUUUUGACAACAUCGGAUACGCCUGGAUCGCUAUCUUUCAGGUGAUAACUCUGGAAGGUUGGGUAGACAUCAUGUACUAUGUAAUGGAUGCUCACUCCUUCUACAACUUCAUCUACUUUAUAUUCCUCAUCAUCGUGGGCUCGUUCUUCAUGCUGAACCUGUGCCUGGUCGUCAUAGCAACCCAGUUCUCAGAGACAAAGCAGCGUGAGAACGCCCUGAUGAGGUCCGAGCAGCGAGCCCGUUACCUCAGCAACGCCUCCACUCUGGCUUCCUAUCAGGAGCCGGGGUCCUGCUACGAGGAAAUACUGCGAUACGUCGGACACCUGUACCGUAAACUGACUCGCAGGGCAGCCCGGGCCGUCACACACUGCCUCACACACACACCUCCCUGCCCCUGUCCCCAUGGGACACACACACCCAAAGGAGAGGUGAACGGACUGGCCAAUCGGCACUCGGGACACGCCCAUGAUGUCUUCCACCUCGCUCAUCCUCCUCGUCCGUCUAACUGCGGGGGGGGGGGGAGUAACGGGGGACGAGGGGGGAGGGGCAGGGGGUUAAACUACCCAUCUAUCUACCCCCGCGACCUCUAUGACCUGCCCCUGACCCCUGACCCCAGUCACACCGUCAACGGGGAGGCGCUCAGCAAACUGCAGCAACUGGUGUUCGAACGCCGUAAGAUCUGGCGUUACCGUUGUCAGGGGCAGAGCACAGUGAGUCGUUGCCGUGCCCCUACCGCGUCCCAUGACGACCAGCUUAGUGACAAAAACCAUGCCGAUUUUGAACCUAGCAACCGGCGCCAUGGCAACCAGACCCCUUGCCGCGGCGACCAGAGCCCUCGCCGCGGCGACAUCCUUCGGCGCGUUGAUGGACAGGCCCUAGGGCCAAUCAGAGGCCUAGUUGGGUGGUGGUGGGCGGAGCUACAGGCCAGGUUGGAGCAUGUGGUGAGCAGUAAAUACUUCAACAGAGGGAUCAUGAUCUCAAUCCUCAUCAACACUCUCAGUAUGGGGAUAGAGUUUCACCAACAGCCCCAGGAGCUGACUGACAUCCUAGAGAUCAGUAAUCUAGUGUUCACCAGUCUCUUUAGUCUGGAGAUGCUACUGAAGCUGCUGGCCUUUGGACUCUUCGGCUAUAUCAACAACCCAUACAACAGUUUUGACAGCGUCAUCGUCAUCAUCAGUGUAUGGGAGAUCGUUGGGCAGGCGGACGGCGGUCUGUCAGUCCUGCGUACCUUCCGUCUGCUGCGGGUCCUAAAGCUGGUCAGGUUCCUGCCCGCCCUGCGCAGACAGCUGGUGGUUCUGAUGAAGACCAUGGACAACGUAGCCACCUUCUGCAUGCUCCUCAUGCUGUUCAUCUUCAUAUUCAGUAUCCUAGGCAUGCAUCUGUUUGGCUGUAAGUUUGGUCUGAAGCUGGACAGUGGAGAAACGCUACCUGACAGGAAGAACUUUGACUCACUGCUCUGGGCUAUCGUCACUGUGUUCCAGAUCCUGACUCAGGAGGACUGGAAUGUGGUCCUGUAUAACGGCAUGGCCUCCACCUCUCCUCUCGCUGCUCUCUACUUUGUAGCUCUGAUGACGUUUGGGAACUACGUCCUCUUCAACCUGCUGGUGGCCAUCUUGGUGGAGGGCUUUCAGGCUGAGGGUGAUGCUAACAGGUCAGAGGCCGACGAUGAGAAACUGUCGACCUUUGAGGAGGAGGAGAAGAUGAAGGAGCUGUAUGCAGCAGAGUUGAAGCUUCAGGCGAUGAUGUUGACCCCCAAUGGCCUUCUGAACCCCCGGGCCUCCAUGCCCCUCCCACCCACACAGUCACCGUGGCAACAACCGCCACCGCCGUCCCCGUGGCAACGCCCGCCGCUCAUCUUUCACACCGUGGCCACGCCCACAACUUGCAACAGCCAAUCACGACGGGGCAGCGCCGUCUCUACGGAUACAAGCAACGCCCUGGACCCCAGGUCGCCGUCUCCGUGGGACAGCCGGCGCUCCAGCUGGUCUUCUAUUGGCCGGGGUCCCAGCCUGCAGCAGAGGAAGAGCCAAUCCAGCGAGAGGGAUUCUCUGCUGUCAGAGGGGGCGGGCUCUGAGUGGUCCAAUCCCAGCUGGGGUCGGAGCAGGGAGGAGUCUUUCGACCUCCUGGACCAAUCAGAGUACCUGACCGUGCCGAUGCUCCGCCCACCUGACUGUAACGGGACGACCUUUCGCCUCCCUGACGCAGGGACCCUACGUUACUAUAGCGACCACGAGGAUGACGAGGAGGACGCUGAGGAGAGUGUGUGUGUGCGGGUGAAGCUGUUCCUGGAGCCCUACAAGCCCCAGUGGUGUAGAGACCAUGAGGACUGGGCCCUCUACCUGUUCUCCCCAUGCAACAGGUUUCGUCAGUGGUGUCAGAGAGUGAUAACUCACAAGAUGUUCGAUCACAUCAUCCUCCUCUUCAUCUUCCUCAACUGCAUCACCAUCGCUCUGGAGAGACCUGACGUAGAGCCCCACAGUACUGAGAGAGUGUUCCUCAGUGUGUCCAACCACAUCUUCACUGUGAUCUUCAUAGCAGAAAUGACCGUUAAGGUGGUAUCCCUAGGGCUGUACUCAGGUGAAGCAGUGUAUCUGAAGAGCAGCUGGAACGUUCUGGAUGGAAUUUUGGUAUUUGUAUCUCUGCUGGACAUUCUGGUUUCCAUAGCGUCCGCCGGCGGCAACCGUAUCCUAGGAAUCCUCAGAGUACUGCGACUCCUCCGCACCCUUCGACCUCUCAGGGUGAUCAGUCGAGCCCCAGGUCUGAAGCUUGUUGUAGAGACUCUGAUCACGUCUAUGAGACCCAUCGGAAACAUCGUCCUCAUCUGCUGCGCCUUCUUCAUCGUGUUUGGAAUACUGGGAGUACAGCUAUUCAAGGGUAAGUUCUUCCACUGUGAGGGCGUGGACGUGAGGAAUGUGACCAAUAGGACUGACUGUCUCCAGGCCGGCCACCGGUGGACACGACGCAAAUACAACUUCGAUAAUCUGGGACAGGCAUUGAUGUCUCUAUUUGUCCUGUCCUCUAAAGACGGGUGGGUCAGCAUCAUGUAUGACGGACUGGACGCUGUGGGGGUAGACCAGCAGCCGGUGAGGAACCACAACCCCUGGAUGCUCCUCUUCUUCAUCUCCUUCCUCCUCAUCGUCAGUUUCUUCGUCCUCAACAUGUUCGUGGGCGUCGUCGUGGAGAACUUCCACAAGUGUCGUCAGGACCAGGAGGAGGAGGAGGCCAGAGCCCGGGAGGAGAAGAGAGCCAAGAGAGCAGAGAAGAGGAGGAGGAAGGCCCAGGAGAGGCCCUACUAUUCAGACUACUCCCCGGUGCGUCUCGCCGUCCACACGUUGUGUACCAGCCACUACCUAGAUCUCUUCAUCACCAUCAUCAUCGCCACCAACGUCCUCACCAUGAGCAUGGAGCACUACAACCAGUCGCAGUAUCUGGAGGAGGGGUUAAAGUAUUGUAACUACAUCUUCACUCUGGUGUUUGUCAUCGAGACGGUCCUCAAACUCAUCGCCUUCGGGCUGAGACGAUUCUUCAAGGAGAGGUGGAACCAGCUGGACCUGGCCAUAGUGUUGUUGUCCGUCAUGGGUAUCACUCUGGAGGAGAUUGAUCUCAACGCAUCACUGCCCAUCAACCCCACCAUCAUACGCAUCAUGAGAGUACUGAGGAUCGCUAGAGUGUUGAAGCUGUUGAAGAUGGCUACAGGGAUGAGAGCUCUACUGGACACUGUAGUUCAGGCCCUGCCUCAGGUGGGGAAUCUGGGUCUCCUCUUCAUGUUGCUGUUCUUCAUCUAUGCAGCCCUGGGAGUGGAGCUGUUUGGGAAACUGGAGUGUUCCGAGGAGAACCCGUGUGAGGGUCUGAGUCGUCACGCCACAUUCCAGAACUUUGGCAUGGCGUUCACUUUGUUCCGCAUUUCCACCGGUGACAACUGGAAUGGAAUCAUGAAGGACACGUUGCGCGAGUGUCUUCCAGAGGAGCACUCCUGCCUGACCUACCUUCCCCUGGUGUCCCCUGUCUACUUCGUGACCUUCGUCCUCACGGCCCAGUUCGUGCUGGUCAACGUGGUGGUGGCGGUGUUGAUGAAACAUCUGGAGGAGAGCAACAAGGAGGCGCAGGAGGAGGCGGAGGAGGAGGCCAAAGAGGAGGAGGCUAGGCAACAGGAGGAGGCCAGACAAGAGGAGGCGCGCCAGGAGGCCGUCCGUCCCCUUAGCAACGCCUCAGUGGGCGGGGUGGAAUCGUCUGGACAGUUUGAGGAAGAAGAGGGUUGUCGUGGUAGCCUGCUGACGGUGGGCGGCCGUCUCUGUCACGUUCUGUCUCCUCCAUGGGCUCUAGUGGAGCAGGAUCCCUACUGCAGGUCCCGGGGCGUUACCAUCGGGAAGCCGCGCGUCCCUCAGCUCCAGGGGAUCCAGCUGCAGACCCACGCCCUCCCACGGUAUGGACAGACAGCCCCGACCCAGCACCUCCCUCGGUGUGAGCAGACAGCCCCCGACCCAGCUCCUCCCUCGGUGUGA